UUGCUCAAUAAGAGGUUGAGGAUCAGUAUAAAGGACGGGAGAGUGAUUGACGGGCACUUUAUGUGCACUGAUAACUCUUGUAAUGUUGUCCUAAGUAACUGUGAGGAAUUUCUCACACAAGAAGACGUUGUGAAAGCUAAAAAUCGUGACACGAGUGAGACUGUUAACAUAAGAACACUAGGACUGGCUAUAGUCCCUGGGGAUCAAAUACUAACAAUAUCAGUCCAGGACACCUUGUUAUCCAAUGAAUUACUAGAACACAUCAAUAGUAGUAAUAAUACCACUGCGAGUAGCAGUGAGACCAGUAUCAGUUCAUGAUGUAAAAAUAUUAUUUAUGA